GAUUAGUUUGUGCGGUACGUUUGAAGUUUGCGUUGCGAUAACACUAUCUAAUAUAUAUUGAUUGUAUAUCGUUGAGUCCUAGUUUAUAACUCUUACAUAGCUUUAGAAUUCAUACUUUAAGCAAUAUGGGUCGACUGUCAAGAAAACGAGCACGGAAAAGUCCUAACUCUUCAGAUAUUAACAAUUCUGUUAUUACCUAUUCUUCUUGCUCCGCUACUCCUUUUGUAUCUGAUAAUGUUGGGACUGGUCUUUCACCACACGUGCUGCUGGACGACUCUGUUUCUAAUUUAGUGAUGGGUUCCACCUCAAGAUCAAAAAGGAUCGAUGAUAUGAAGAGUGAAUUAAACAGUCUGUUUAAGCAACUAAGCGACAUGCGUUCUAAAGUCGAGUCACUUUCUAGCUCUUUAUCAAAGCAUGAUGAUCUUAAGCAAGAACUAAAGACACUAUCACCUUUAAAACUGCUUUUGUCAAAAGACGUCGUUCCUGCGGAACUUGAUGACAUCAUAAAAGCAGAAUCUGUUAUCGAUUUUAUCGCUAGUGAAGUUACCAAGCGAAUAGUCUCUCGUAAUAACGUGAUUGUCUAUAAUAUACCUGACAAAGUCUCCAUUAAAACUGUAAGGAAUUCGAUAUUAAAAGCAUCUAACCUUCAAGACAGUCCAUGCCAAUGCAUCCGACUUACUAAGAAGCACCAGAAAUACUCGUGCCCGGUCUUGUUCAGGUUUGAUUCUCAUAUAUUAGCUGAACAGUUAAAAGAAUCUGAGCGGCUGAUAUGCGCGCUUACGAAGUUUAGAAACGCUCGCAUAGUCUCAGAUAAGACCACCAAUCAAAGACUUACGCAAAAGCGUACCGUGAACGAAAAUAUAGAUGUUGAGAUCAUAAAAAAUCACGACGCAUCAGCUGCGGGAUCCACUGAUACUGAUACCCUAUCUCAUGUUCUCCAGUACUCUGAUCUGCCAACGAAGAGUGCUAACUUACCUAUUAUGCCUGUAGUGACAUCUGAUAAGCAAUGUACAUCUACUGAUUACACUAAUCCGAUAGUAUCCAAUUUACCAUUAGAAGCCCAUAAGCAAAUACCUAGUCCUAAUGCGACAGCUCUUAAAAACACUGUCAAGAUUAAAAAGUCUAUGCCACGUAAGAAGAAUGUUUGUACAGAACCUUCUGGUUCUAGACCCAAUAAUAAAAGUAUUACGAUGGCCCUAUUCAAUACAAAUAAGACUAAACUACCCGACACCAUGCUUUACCCAACGCAUCGUAGGGGAGGAUAUAAGGGCAGACCUGGUUCAAAUGUCUCACAAGACGGCCACUUCAAUCGUUAUGUAAGUAGGCCUAAUACUGGACAGACCACAGUAAACCAACGAGCCUCACGAGUACCCUCAAACGCUUUAAAUGAUAAACCUGUAAGACGUAACCUCUCUCAACACUUUCCCAUUAGGCAAGAUGGAUUACUAGGUUACCCAACAUCAAACUUUUCAAAUAAUAUACCAGUAACACAUAACUUUUCUCAACACUUUCCCAUUGGGCAAGAUGGAUUACUGGGUUACUCACCAUCAACCCAACCUUGUCUUAACUGUCCGCCUAGUCAAGUUCAACAAAUUAAUCCGCUUUAUCAAAAUAAUGAUUUUUUUGGCCUUCAGAAAUCCCUGGUCCCACUAGCACUACAGUUUGCUCAAGCGAUCGCCCAUGUGAUCAGCCAAACAUAAUAAACCACAGUCUAUGCAAAUCCAAAAUACACGACAUCAAUAGGGAAGCUCUCGGUUUUUUUACACUCCAUACGCCCUUUCUAAAUCUAUUACUUAUCAAUGCACGUUCACUUCUGAACAAAAUUUCAGCCUUGAGAACAUUAGCCUUUCUAUCCAAGCCUUCUUUCAUACUUAUCACUGAAACAUGGUGCUCUCACGCAGUAUCUGACUCAGAAUUAAAUAUCCAAAACUAUAGACUCUAUCGCUGUGACAGAGAAACUAAGCGAGGAGGUGGUUGUAUUAUAUAUGCUUUGGAUACCCUAACAACUAAUAGAGUUGAAGAUAGUGUCCUGAAUAGUUUACCAGAAUCAGUCUGGAUAUCUGUCAACACCCUGAAUCAUAGUCUACUCCUUGGAUGUAUAUACAGAGCUCCUGAGAGCUCAAAUAAUGGGAAUAAUCUUAUUAUCAAUGCAUUCAUACAUGCAUCUGCUCUAAACUUCAAUGCUAAGGUUAUCACUGGUGAUUUCAAUUAUCCUGGGAUUAACUGGAGUACCGGUAGCUGUCAGUCAUGUAAUGAGGAGUUCUCGGCAACCAUUAACAUGCACUGUUGGUCACAGUGGGUUCGUACCCCAACUAGAGGUGAUAGUAUACUCGAUCUAAUAUUUAGUAGAGAUAUUAUCCCACUGUCUGUAAAGGUAUACGAUGAAUUUGAAAGCAGUGACCAUAAGACAGUAGUAUGCUCUCUCCCUAUAUAUCCCUCUUCUAACCGACCCAUUCAAAAAACCUGUCAAUAUAGAGACUUUAAGCAUGCCGACUGGGACCUCCUGCAUUCACUGAUUAAACUUUCAGACUGGGAUAACUUUUUUUCAUGUACUAAUCUCAUAGAUACUAUCGACGAGUUCUAUUUGAUCGUUAACUCUUGUUUAGAUUCUUCUGUACCUCUUAAAACGUACAGGUUUAUUAAACCUUACGAGUUAUAUAUACCAGCUAAAUAUCGUAAUAAACUAAGACGCCUACAGAAUCGUUAUUUCAAGUCAAACGACUUCACGGCAGCUGCGCAAACAACAAUAAUUUUUAAUCAAAUUAAAGAGACACAUAGGUUAAAAGCCAUUAAUGAGGAGAUACUAGCACUUAAUAGUAACUCAAAAAUACAAAACUUAACUCUACUUCUCAAUAAACGCGCUAAAGUAACUCAAAAUGUUGAUAUACCAUGCAUCCAGCAUAAUAACACUUUUAUAUACGACUCUAAAACUAUGGCAGACCUUUUCAGUGCUACUUUUGCGAAUGAUGUAGGAACCACAAGUGGCUCUGCUUCAAGAGUUACGUGCGUGACCAGCAACUACAUAAAGUCUAUCUCCUUCACAUGUAAGAAAAUUAAUAUGGCUAUAAAUGCCCUUAAGCUUUCGCGCGGUCAUGGAGCAGACGGGAUUCCAUCCUUUCUCUACAAAUACGGUGGUCCAGAUAUUCCACUUCUUCUUCUAAAGCUGUUUACUCUCUCUAUGGAAACUGGUUCUUACCCUUACUGUUGGAAAACCGCGUACAUCAUACCACGUUAUAAAUCUGGAGAUAAGACUGACAUGAACAAUUAUCGGCCAAUAAAUAUUACUCCAGUGAUCUCUAGGAUUAUGGAGAAAAUUAUAUUUAUCAUUAAAUCGAUCUGGCACACGAAAUGACCUUAAUUACAUCGUUUAUAAAUCAACAGACAGUCCAGUUAAGAAAUAUUACAUGUUCCCGGCUGAUACAUUGGAUCGCUGUAAUACCCAAACAAUUACUGAACUAGUAAACUUAAAACUCAUAAAACAUGUUCGUUCUGUACAUAUAAUGAUAUUAUUUAUAUCAAAUUGAUCAUGCCUGAAAACUGGCGUGAAUUCUGUAAUCAUAAUUUUUUCAGAAUAUAAGUUAUUAUUAUUA